AGCAAUCUGAUUGGUUGCUAUGGGCAACUGCACCACUCUUCCUCUGCACAGGUUUUGAUAAAUCUCCCCCAGUGUGUAUUGUGUAUGGUGCACUGCACUGCAGAGGUUAUGGAUCAGAAGAGAGAUCUGAACUCUAUUAAUGCUCCAGACAUAAAGGAAGAAGAAGAUACAUAUGUGAGCAGUGAUGAGCAGUAUAAAGAAAUUAUUCCUAUAGGGAAAGAUCUGAUCUAUAUUAAUGCUCCAGACAUAAAGGAAGAAGGGGAGACAGAUGUGAAUGGCGAUGAGCAGUAUAUGGAGGAAAUUCCUGCAAGGGAAAAUCUGAACUAUAUUAAUUCUACAGACAUAAAGGAAGAAGAAGAAGAGACAGAUGUGAGCGGUAAUGAGCAGUAUAUGGAGGGAAUUCCUACAAGGAAAGAUCCAAACUAUUUUAAUGCUCCAGACAUAAAGGAAGAAGAAAAGACAGAUGUGAGUGGUGAUGAGCAGUAUAAGGAGCACAUUCCUACAGGGAAAGAUCUGAACUAUAUUAAUGCUCCAGACAUAAAGAAAGAAGGGGAGACAGGUGUGAACAGUGAUGAGCAGUUAAAGGAGGAUAUUCCUAAAAGGAAACAUCGGAAAUCUAUUAAUGCUACAGACAUAAAGGAAGAAGAACAGGCAGAUGUGAGUGAUGAUGAGCAGUAUAUGGAGGAAAUUCCUGCAAGGAAAGAUCUAAACUAUAUUAAUGCUCCAGAGAUAGAGGAAGAAGAGACAGAUGUGAGCGGUGAUGAGCAGUAUAUGGAGGACAUUCCUACAGGUAACAACCCAAAUGUCCAUAUAGUAAAGAAGCCAUCUCCAUGUUCAGAACAUAAGAAACAUCAUACUGUAAAGUCAAAACUGGUUCAACCUCGAAGAGCUCCCACAGGGAAGAAGGCGGUGUUGUGUUCAGAAUGUGGUAAAUGUUUUACACGGAAAUCAUAUCUUCGAAUACAUCAAAGGAUUCACACCGGAGAGAAGCCAUUUUCAUGCUCAGAAUGUGGCAAAUGUUUUACUCAAAGAUCAGAUCUGAAAAGUCAUGUGAGAACUCACACAGGGGAGAAGCCAUUUUCAUGUUUGGAGUGUGGCAAAUGCUUUACCUCUAAAUCAGAUCUUACUAAACAUCAAAGAAUUCACACAGGGGAGAAGCCGUUUGCAUGUUCAGAAUGUGGAAAAUGCUUUACGGCGGCAUCACAUCUUGUUCAACAUCAAAGAACUCACAUGACAGAGAAGCCAUUUGCAUGUUCAGAAUGUGGGAAAAGCUUUACUACAAACUUACAUCUUGUUGAACAUCAAAGAAGUCACACAGGAGAGAAGCCAUUUGCAUGUUCUGAAUGUGAUAAAGGUUUUGUACGGCGAGCAGAUCUUCUUAAACAUCAACUAACGCACACAGAAGAGAAACCAUUUUCAUGUUCAGAAUGUGGCAAAUGCUAUGCUCAGAAAUCAAAUCUUGUUAAACAUCAAAUAACUCACACAGGGAAGAAGCCAUUUUCAUGUUCAGAAUGUGGCAAAUGCUAUACUCAGAAAUCAUAUCUUGUUGAACAUCAAAGAACUCACACAGGGGAGAAACCAUUUGCAUGUUUGGAGUGUGGCAAAUUCUUUACUUUUAAAUUAGAUCUUACUAGACAUCAAAUAACUCACACAGGGGAGAAGCCAUUUGCAUGUUCUGAAUGUGGGAAAUGUUUUUCUAAAAAAGAAGUGCUUGUAACACAUCAAAGAAUCCACUCAGGAAAGAAACCUUUUUCAUGUUCAGAAUGUGACAAAUGUUUUAUUCAGAAAUCAAAUCUCAUUAAACAUCUCACAUGUCACACAGGGGAGAAGCCAUUUUUAUGCCCAGAAUGUGGAAAAUGUUAUACUCAGAAAUCACAUCUCACUAGACAUCAAGAAACUCACUCAGGAAAGAAACCUUAUUCCUGUUCAGAAUGUGGAAAAUGUUUUAAUGCUAAACCAAGUCUUAUAGCCCAUAUGAGAGGUCACUCAGGAACUAGGCCAUUCUCAUGUUCAGAAUGUGGCAAAAGUUACAAUGCAAAAUCAAGUCUUUUGUGCCAUCAGAGGAUUCACACAGGGGAGAAGCUAUUAACAUGUUCAGAAUGUGGGAAAUGUUUCACUCGCAGAUCAUAUUUUCUUACACAUCAACGAACUCACACAGGGGAGAACCCAUUUGCAUGUUCAGAAUGUGGAAAAUGUUUUAUUCAGAAAGCAGAUCUUCUAAAACAUCAAAGAAUUCACAUAGGGGAGAAGGCAUUUUCUUGCUAGAAUGUAGGAAAUUCUUUCAAAGACCAAGAAGAGAGUAAACAUUUCCUUAUUUAUUUUUCAACUUUUGUACAAGAAAGAAAUAAACAACUGGUACAAGUCUUGUAUCUUACAAGAGAAAGAGAAAGCAACAUAGAGCACUACAUGAUAAAUAAGAAAUGUCUGUAAUAACCAAUAAAUAAUAUAUUUAAAGAGAAACUGACAGUUCACCCGCGGGUGAACCGCUUUAUAAUGAUGGGUCACUCACUUAAAUCUGAUCAGGAGGUGCAGAGUUAUGUUGGUAAAUACCUACAUAUUAUUCCUAAUGCACUCCAUUGCGCAUUGGAGGUGGGGAGCCGUCUGGCAAAGCUCCCCGGUCUCCUCCAUAUCCCUCUGUUGGCUUCGCCUGCUUAAUUAUUAUGCUAAUGAGGCAGGUGAGUGUCAAAGAAUUUUUUGUUUUAAACAUGUAAAAAUAUAAUACACACUUUUUAUAAAAUAAAUUAAAAGAAUAAAAAAUUAAAAUACACAAAAGGUAGGGUAACACGGAGCACAUCCGUACCAUGUUUCACGCUGCCGACCUCUGCGGCUGGGUAGCCCUGUGUGUUCGCUCAUAGUGACGGAUUUUCUGCCGGCAGUCAGGAGCAGACACACAGAGUGAAAUACGCUGCGGGUGCCCUUCGUGUGACCCUACUUGUUCAUACUGCGCUUUAGUUUUAGGUAUCUGCCAGCGCCACGUCAAAAAAGUGAUGCCAACCUAUACAAUAGCAGCAUCCACACAAAGUCACCUAGUGGCUCCGACAGGGCCGCUUCCCGCUAAUUCUACAACAUGGCAGAUAUAUGCAUCAGGCACGGUAACUGUCAUAGAGAGCGUCGUGUCACAUCUAGCCGACCAAGGACUGGUCAGAGCGGUCCCUGCUCCAGUUAAUACAUAUUUUAUGGUCCAUAUGGGGUCACUCGUGGGGGUGUGGUACGGUUCUGCCACCUCCGAUCCUCUGCAGGCAUGGAGUGGGGUCUAUAAUUCUUAUCAUGAUUUCCUGAAAGCCAAAGGGGGCUCCUCUCCUGGGUGGGACUGGCCAACCCGGGACGAACAAUGUAAUAAAAUAUGGGGCACAUUUCCAUGAUUUCAGACACUAUGUACAAAAUGUAUGUCCAACAAAUUUGUAACAAAAAAAAGCUAAUUUAAAAUUACUUACACUGAUUUUGUAAUAAUUCCUGCUAUGGUGGUAAAAUACUCACUAUACCCCAUAGUGAAUACCUUGA